CUACCAUCUUGAAAUCAGAGCCAUGGUGACAGCCCCAGGAGACCCUCAACAAGGUUGGGUCUAUUGACACUUGAUGGUAGAGGAGCACAGGAAAGAUAACCAAGCAAAUGCAGGAUGAGCUUCCUUCAUGGACUGCAGGCUGCCACGAGAAACCGUUUUCUCUCUGGAGUGACUCUCCUGGCCAACUGGAAACAGUGGAACCCACCAGCAGGCUGUUCACACCCACGAGGGCCCCCAGUAGGAAAUGGGAGCCGAGGAUUUAACACAGUCCGCCAGUGUCAUUCGGUGACUUUACUGCCUGGAAACUUCCAUUUCUACAGGACUCUCAGUAACAAAAAAUCAAGAUGCUUUUCAAAUGCUCAAAGCCAGGAAAUGGGGGUGCUUACCUACAAACGGACUGUGUGGGGUGAUUCUUUUUCAAGACAAGGGUCUAGGAAAGUGGUUGGCCAUCCUCUCACAGCCCCGUGCCCUCUGAGCUGCCCGGCCGUAAGAGCUGCCCAGAGUUUCCACACGUCCCCACGGGGUCUGGCCGCCCCAGUUCCUUUCUUGCUGCUCAUUCUGAAGCCAGUGCAGAAGCUCCUUGCCAUCAUUGUGGGCAGGGGCAUAAGGAAAUGGUGGCAGGCACUUCCUCCUAACAAGAAGGAGCUAUUUAAAGACAGUGUGAAGAAGAAUAAGUGGAAGCUGCUCCUUGGUCUGAGUGCCUCUGGCCUGCUGUUUGUAGUGUUUUAUUUCACGCACCUGGAAGUGAGCCCUGUCACUGGAAGGAGCAAACUGCUGUUACUGGGGAAGGAGCACUUCAGACUUCUGUCAGACCUGGAAUACAAAGUGUGGAUGGAAGAAUUUAAAAACGAUAUGCUGCCUGAGAGAGACCCCCGACACCUGACUGUUAAAGAGGUGGUACAUCAUCUAACACAAUGCAAUCAAGAUGUCCCAGGGAUCCCCGAGAUCAACUGGGUGAUUCAUGUGGUUGAUUCCCCAGAUGUAAAUGCUUUUGUUCUUCCAAAUGGACAAGUGUUUGUUUUCACUGGGCUUUUGAAUAGUGUAACUGACACUCACCAGCUCUCCUUCCUUCUGGGCCAUGAGAUUGCACAUGCUGUCCUGGGGCACGCCGCAGAAAAGGCUAGCUUGGUUCACCUACUGGAUUUCCUUGGUAUGAUUUUUCUCACAAUGAUUUGGGCCGUGUGUCCACGAGACAGCUUGGCACUUCUGGGACAGUGGAUACAAUCGAAGUUGCAGGAGUAUAUGUUUGAUAGACCGUACAGUAGAACACUGGAGGCCGAAGCUGACAAAAUUGGACUACAGCUUGCUGCAAAGGCCUGUGUGGACGUAAGAGCCAGCUCAGUAUUUUGGCAGCAGAUGGAGUUUUCAGAGAGUCUUCAUGGCCACCCCAAGUUACCAGAGUGGCUGUCAACACACCCUUCUCAUGGAAACCGAGCUGAGCACUUGGACAGACUCAUACCACAGGCUCUCAAACUUCGGGAGGUCUGUAAUUGCCCACCACUCUCUGGACCAGACCCUCGGCUGCUGUUCAAGCUUACUGUGAAGCGUUUUCUUGAAGACUCAGAGAAAGAGGAUCUAAACACCACUGUUAAGAAACAGAAAAUGGAUGCUCUCCCCAUUCAGAAACAGGAACAGAUACCACUGACAUACAUAGUUGAGAAAAGAACUACAGGUUGAACUGAAAUGUGUGAGACUUGGGAUAUGAAGAAUAUAGCGAUCUUCAUCAUUUUUAUGUAACUCCUAAAAAUGAUGUUUUAAAUGAAAAAAAAAUGGAUAUUCAAGGUCAACUCAUGUCUAUUACAGAUAUCUGAAUUUUUCUAGAUUUGUAUCUUUCAUAAAAUAUUAUUGUAUUUUAAUCUAUUUUGAAAUACUUCCAAUGAGGAAAACAUCACAGAAUAAAUUUAUAUUAUCAUCCA